UAGAAGAUUUUUUCAACCGAAAACUCCCUCCUCUCGAAAUUAGCCACCUGUUUCUGGGAUCCCUUGAUAAUAGCUACCAGCAACAGUCCUGCUCUUACUUUCCUUCUCAUUGCCCCCAUUUGCCAUCAUCAACAAAUAAGCUGCAACUUCGUGAUCCUCUUCACUCAUCAUCCAUCACCAGCCCAUCGAAACUACUCUCCGGUAGCGAUACGGGUUUGCGGAGAUUCGGUCGGGUGGUGAUCUUGGGCGCACUUGGGGUCGGGUUUCUUCCCUUGUUUCGGCUUCGAAACCACGCCGCUUGAACUCACCUCCAUCACUCCAUCAUUUCUAACCGGUUUCGAACGCUUCUUGCGGCGGGCUUUCUCGUCGUGAGGAGGGGGCAAAAGGUUAAGCAGAGAUCGAAGUCCGUGGGCGUUGUCUUCACGGAGAUUGGCUACGGAUUCUUCUGUAAAACUUGGUGACCCAGUGACAGAGUGAGUCUGUUUUUCCUUUGAUAUAAUAAUGAACGAAAUUCAAGGGAAAAGAGGGGAAAAUGAGACGAAAGGAAGGAGAGGGAGGGCUUGCGUGGUGGUACUAGGGGACCUCGGGCGCAGCCCUCGUAUGCAGUAUCAUGCUCUUUCACUUGCUCGUCAGGCAUCUCUUGAGGUGGACAUUGUUGCAUAUGGGGGUUCCCAGCCCCACAUUGCAGUUCUAUCUCAACCAUCUAUACAUAUUCACAUAAUGCCACUGUGGCUUGUAAUCCUUGAAGGCCUACCGAAGAUGCUCCGCCCUAUAAUGCUUUUGCUCAAGCCAUUAAUUCAGUUUUUCAUGCUUCUUUGGUUUCUUUGCAUAAAGAUUCCUUCUCCUGAUGUCUUUAUUGUGCAGAAUCCUCCUUCCGUUCCAACUUUAGUGGCUGUAAAAUGGGCAAGUUCACUGAGACGUUCUGCAUUUAUAAUUGAUUGGCAUAAUUUCGGAUAUACCCUGCUCGGGUUGUCGCUUGGGAGAAGUAGUCGCUUUGUCUCUGUCUAUCUUUGGUUUGAGAAGCGUUAUGGGAAGAUGGCAGAUGGAUCCCUAUGUGUGACAAAGGCAAUGCAACAUGAAUUGGCUCAAAACUGGGGAAUUAGAGCUACAGUGUUAUAUGAUCAGCCUCCUGAGUUUUUCCGUCCAGCUUCACUCGAGGAAAAGCAUGAGCUAUUUUUUAGACUAGAUAAAAAUCUCUGUGAGCCUCUUGGUGUACGGGAUUGUGUACACAAUGGACAUUUAGGAAUGCAGAACCAUGAGCUAAAUGAGACUCUGUUGACUUCCCAGGUUGGCAGUGACAUUUUCUUGAAGCCAAACAGGCCAGCACUUGUUGUAAGCAGUACAAGCUGGACCCCCGAUGAGGAUUUUGGCCUUCUCUUGGAAGCAGCAGUAAUGUAUGAUAGGCGUGUUGCUGCAAUAUUAAAUGAAGAUGAUUCAACCAAUGAAGAGUUUCUGUGGAAGGAAAUCUCUCAGGGAAAGCAAUACUUGUACCCUAGAUUAUUGUUCAUCAUUACAGGUAAAGGGCCUGAGAAGGAAAAAUAUGAAGAGAAAAUAAGGAGGCUACACCUCAAACGUGUGGCAUUUCGUACGAUGUGGCUGUCAGCUGAGGAUUACCCGUUGCUCCUGGGAUCGGCAGACCUAGGGGUUUGUCUGCAUACUUCCUCAUCAGGGUUAGACCUUCCAAUGAAGGUUGUGGAUAUGUUUGGUUGUGGUUUGCCUGUUUGUGCUGUUUCCUACUCUUGCAUUAAAGAACUUGUAAAAGUUGAGAAGAAUGGUCUCCUCUUUUCAUCAUCUUCAGAGCUAGCAGAUGAACUGUUGAUGCUCUUCAAGGGUUUUCCAGAUGGAUGUGAUGCGUUGAAUUUGCUGAGAAAUGGUACCUUGGAAAUGGGUUCAUCUGCAAGGUGGGCUACUGAGUGGGAAGAGCAUGCCAAGCCAUUAAUAUCUGAGGUUAUCUCGCAGAAUAUUUGAUUUCUGAUAUCCAGCUAAAAUAUACAAGGUUUUAAGAUUAGAAACUCCAGUUCAUCGCCUCAACUCUUUGGAUUAUAGCAUGAGGCCGGCUACUCUUUUUUAUGUUAGUUUGAUACUUCUCCAGAAAACUGUGACCGGAGUUGGAAUUUUCAUCUGUUGUUUAUUGCUGUUUUGAUUUAAUGAAAACCCGCCUUUCUUUCCUUACGGUGUAAGGGUUA